GAGAAUACCUCAACGCCAGUUACACCAUCUCUCACGAAUCAACCAGUUACAUCAUCCUUCGCGACUCAGCCAGUUACAUCAUCCUUCGCGACUCAGCCAGUUAUAUCAUCUUCCGCGACUCAACCAGUUACAUCAUCUUCCGCGACUCAGCCAGGUACAUCAUCUUCCGCGACUCAGUCAGUUGCGUCAUCUUCCACGACUCAGCCAGUUACAUCAUCUUCCGCGACUCAGCCAGUUACAUCAUCUUCCGCGACUCAGCCAGUUACAUCAUCUUCCGCGACUCAGCCAGCUACACCAUCUUUCACGACUCGGCCAGUUACAUCAUCUUCCGCGAUUCAGACAGUUACACCAUCUUUCGCGACUCAGCCAGUUGCAUCAUCUUCCACGACUCAACCAGUUACAUCAUCUUCCACGACUCAACCAGUUACAUCAUCUUCCACGACUCAGCCAGUUACACCAUCUUUCACGACUCGGCCAGUUACAUCAUCUUCCGCGAUUCAGACAGUUACACCAUCUUUCGCGACUCAGCAAGUUACAUCAUCUUCCACGAUUCAGCCAGUUACACCAUCUUUCACGAUUCAGCCAAUGACACCAUCUUCAACGACUUCUGGUAA